AUGUUAGCUGACAAUACGCCGAUGACGUCAGUGGCUGGACUUCGGCGGGUGCUCAUGAACGGUUCGCUGGAAUUCCCUCCCUUUCCUGCUGAGAGGUAUAGGCGUGACGUGCACACCGCCACGUACAAAUGUAGAGCGAAGUUGAACAACGGUUAUGCUGUACUGUCGAAGAAUAUUCACAUACACGCAGUAUUAAACGUACCAUGGGAAGUACACGUGCCGGAUGAAUAUGUGAUGGCGGGUAACGCGGCGGUGCUGCGUUGUUUGGUGUCCGCACACUGCGUCGACCGCAUCGCCACCACUGACUGGUUUACCGAAGACGACAUCAGCGUAUUUCACUAUUUAGGACCGAAGUACCAGCGCCUAGACGAUGGAUCGUUGUAUAUAAGUGCAGUGAGUUCCGAGGACCGGUACAACGCAUUCCGGUGUCGUGUACGAGACCGGAUAACUGGCAAUAUGCAUUUUAGCCAGUAUUUUGGACGCAUAAUCGUAACGGAACCUAAAGGAGAAGUAAGGCCACGUUUGGUUUUGGAACCACAUUCACGACGUGUGCAAGUAGGACAAGAUGUUCGACUACCGUGUGCUGGUCAUGCGUGGCCUGUGCCUAGUUACAGGUGGUUUCGGGAACAUCAUGAUCAGUUAAUACCAAUAAAGAAAUCACCCAUAAGAGAUCGGAGUGUAUUACUCGGUGGUGGUCUGCUCGGCAUCAACGACGUGCAUAGAGAGGACGCUGGCAGAUUCGUGUGUUAUCUAAAUAAUUCAGCUGGUGAAGAAGCUUUACAUUUUACACUUAUAAUAACAGAACCAAUCUCCGUCCGCAUAAAACCCGAAGUAACACGAACAAAAGUGAACUCCAACAUAACUUUCGACUGUAAAGUAACAGGCCAUCCAAUAGAAAUAGUUUACUGGUUACAUAACGGAAAAGUCGUAAAGCCCAAUGAAAGAGUGAGGAUAUCAGAAGACGGUUUUAGAAUAUAUAUCAAGAACUCGCAAAAGAAUGAUGAAGGGGUGUAUCAAUGUUUUGCGAGCAACAUGCGAGAUCAGGCAUACGGCAUCGCAGAAUAUACCAUUGAACAAUCCGACGGUCGACUUCGAGCCGUAGGUAACCGAUCAAGGCGCACUCCUUAUGCCCGCAGCGCUCAUAACUACGACGCCGCAGAUUGGAACUUCACUGGUACGAGAGAAUCUAAACCAGAGCUAGUGUACUGGUUUUCCGAGCAAACUUUGCAACCUGGACCCAGCGUGUCUCUAAAGUGUGUCGCCAUGGGUCAUCCACCGCCUCAGUUUUCGUGGACACUUGACGGAUUUCCUAUACCAACUAAUUCAAGAUUCGUAGUUGGUCAGCACGUUACACUUCAAGACGACGUCGUUAGUCACCUCAACAUCAGUAGAGUGACAGAACAAGAUGGCGGGGAAUAUGCAUGUGUGGCCAGUAACACCGCGGGUAAAGCCAGCCACGCAGCCAGAGUGAACGUCUACGGUCUUCCGUUUAUACGAGAAAUGCCAAAAGUGACAGCAGUUGCUGGUAGUGACCUCAUUAUUAAAUGUCCUGUUGCUGGUUAUCCUAUUGAAUCUAUUACUUGGGAAAGAGGUAAGCGCAAUGCCUACUAA